GGAGACACGGAGCCGCUCCCGCCAUCGCCGGGGGCUGACAGCGCGAGGGAAGAGAGGGCUGGACGGUCCUGUCCAAAAAGCACAGGCCCGGUGUUGCAAAAGUCCGGUAGAGUUCUGCGGGCGACGGUGCGGGGACUCUUGUCCCUACAGAACAGCACCGCCGCUCCUCAGGCAGAGCUGCCUCCCGUUAACGGGGAGCCCCGGCGCUCUGCACCCUGUGACAGUGGCCCCUCUGACGAACAAUGGGAUGAUCUAAGGAGAGAUUGGACAAAAGGAGACUUGCGCGGUCAGAGAGGCAAAACCAAGAAGUACCAGCUUACACCAGCAGUGGUCUUGGACCCUCAAGAAGUGCCAGGGUGGCUGGCAAGCACGAAACUCAGCAAAAAGGGACAGACUCAACGCGCCUGCCAGCAGCCAGUGUCUCCUUUGGACCCUCAAGGAAUCUUAGAGAGUAAACAUAAAAGUACCAGAGUUGUUUCUGGAGAGGGAAGUACCUGUAGAAAAGCUUGCAUCAGCGGCUUCAGUGCCAGCCGGUGGGGGAAGCAAACAAGGCUCCGUCCAAAAAGGCACAAAAACAAGAGACAGCAGCAGCCUAGUAACACCUUUUUGGGACAACAGAUGAGGCAAAAAAGAAUGAAGAAGGGUGCUCUGGAGUUUUCUGAUGAUGUAAGAGACAAUGACUCUUCACACCUCAACGGCUACUAUUCCUGGGGUAGAGUUCGAGCGUCUUUGUACUUCCAUAAGAAGAAGAAAGUUACCACAGAAGAGAGUUCCUGCAACAGCAUUCUUUGUACCCCUUCUGUGAAAUCCCAGUUUUCAGGGCACCAAGCAACCCUGUCUGCUGCUAAGUCUCAGUGCUGCUCUUGGUCUGGUUCCUCCAUGGUCCUGCUGGCUCCCAGGAGUUCCCGUUCUGUCCUGGAGCUAAUGCUUACAGAUGCAGAGAAGGUGUUUGGGGAAUGCCACCAGGAGGGGCCUAUCACUUUUGAGGAAUGCAUUCCUUUAGGUAAGAUGAAAAAUUGCAAAAAAAUUGGGGAAGGGGUUUUCGGAGAGGUCUUCCAGAUUGACAGUGAGAGAGGACCUGUGGCCUUAAAAAUAAUUCCUAUUGAGGGGACUGAAAGAGUAAAUGGUGAAGCUCAAAAGAGCUUUGGAGAGAUUCUCCCUGAGAUAAUAAUUUCAAAAGAACUCAGUCUUCUGUCUGAAGAGUCUGCAAAUAGGACUGUUGGGUUCAUCAGCUUGUACUCCGUGCACUGUGUUCAAGGGGCCUAUCCUAAAUAUCUCCUGGAAGCCUGGGACAAAUACCACAAAGUAACUGGAUCAGAAAAUGAUCGGCCAGGCUUUUUUGGGGAUGAGCAGCUCUUCAUGGUUCUGGAGUUUGAAUUUGGAGGCAGUGACUUAGAGAAGAUGAGGAAGGAGUUCAGUUCAGUGACAUCAGCAAAAAGCAUUUUGCACCAGGUCACUGCUUCCCUGGCUGUGGCAGAACAGGAGCUGCAUUUCGAGCACAGAGACUUGCACUGGGGGAACGUGCUGGUAAAGAGGACGGCUGCAAAGGAGCUUAAUUACGUGUUGAAUGGGGCAACACACACAAUCCCCACAGCAGGGAUUCACGUCAACAUCAUCGAUUAUACCUUGUCUCGGCUGGAGAAGGAUGGCUUAACUGUGUUUUGUGACCUUUCCACUGAUGAAGAGCUGUUUCAAGGCACAGGGGACUAUCAGUUCGAUAUCUACAGGCAAAUGAAAGCAGAGAACUCCAACAGCUGGACUGACUAUCAUCCACACAGCAACGUCCUCUGGCUGCAUUACUUGUCACACAAACUUUUGAAAGACAUGAAGUACAAGAAAAAGCAAUUGACUUCUGCCAUGAAGAAAAUAAGGCAGCAGCUCGUUCAGUUCCACAAAGAAGUGCUGACCUUUGCGUCUGCCAACGAAGUUUUACAAAACAGCAGCUUCUUCCAGUGA